CAACUGGUAAUGUUGCGUAUAUCUAGUGCAACCUUCGUGCGACUUGCGAGACUGAGUGACCAUUUUGCGCAACUAUUGCUGGCGGAGAUGGCGCCGUGGACGCUCCAGAGGCUGGAGCGCGCCGUGGAGAACUUCUCGGACCAGUUACAGUGCGCCAUCUGCCUCUGCGCCUACGAUAACCCCGUCUCUCUGCCUUGCAACCACUGCUUCUGCGAGGAAUGCAUCCAUCGCGCGCUAGAGCUCAAGGCGCAGUGUCCUAUUUGCAAGACUCCGGCUAAGAAGCGGCGGCUACGAUACGAUACGACGGUCCAAGAGCUGCUACGUGCCACCGAAAUGCUUUGUGCUGCUCCAGAUCCAAAUGCAGCCGCUGCAGCACCCAAGACGCCGUCGAAGACCGAGAAACGGGUGAAAAAGGAGCUGACGCAGGUUAAAGUCGCUACACCAGUUACUAAAGUUGCAGCGGGUAAAACUACUAAGGUUGCUGCUAAGACUGCGACGCCGGAGAAAAAGAUGACGCCGCGACGUGGUACUAAACGCAACUCGCAAAAGAGUCCGCCGUCUACGCCGACGUUAAUGGACAAGUGGGUGACAGGAGGAAGUGUGCAGUUGAAAAAUGGAUUCAAGAUUAAAAAGGAGAAGCCGUCGACACCAGUUCUGACGCCAGUGAGACGGCGAGCUCAGACCCAGGAGAUAAACUCACAAGUAGCAGUGACGCAGAUGUCUCCACCACUUUUCGAGAUUUCGAGUGGUGGCAAUGCAGAGACGACCGAUGCAGUGGACGAGAAUAAAUUGAUGCCAUGGAGGCGGCGGCCCAAUGCAGAUGUACUUGUUUUGGAUAAUGACGCUACAGAUACAGCGAUGGAUGAAACUCAACUGGACGCAGCAGAAUGCAACAGUCUAGCAAUAUCUCCACGACGGCGGCGGAAUACUACGGAUGUAGUUACAGUGGAUACAGCGUUUUCACCAUGGCGGCGGCGGCGGCGGCGGCAGUCGGAUGAAAAUAAUGAUGCUGUGGAUGCCGUAGUGGCUGAAACUCAAUUGGAGACAGUAGAGAUGGAGCAACAGGAGACACCAACACGGCGGCGGCGGUCAGAUUCAAACGGAGUCGCUAUGGAUGAAACCGUGGAUGAGACGCAACUGGAAGCAGUAGAACCAAAGUAUCAGAAACCAACGCCGCGUAAAAGGCGGCGGUCUCCUGCGAACGGAGUCGCUACAGAUGAUAACGCGAAUGGCACGGUUGAUACAAAACAACAACCAGUGCCUAAUGGGAAGAUACCAGUCCGUAAUGGAUCAGCCGAGUCGCCUUCACUGAUCGUUGACAGCCAAGCACAGCCUCUGCCUGAAGUCGAAGUCUUCCAAGUCGGAGAUCUGGUGGACGUUAUUGAGCGUCAGUGGGUUGGCAUCAAUAAACGAGGUGGCGCGGGACGUAUCACAAAGGUCCAUGGAGAUGGGUUUUACGCUGUUAAGUUUGUGAUCGGGUCUGGAUCGGAUAGCCGCGUACCAGGCACGUUUAUCCGGAGACCUACAGAGGAUUUAGUUUCAGACUCGACGCCCAGUCGGGCUGUAAGGAAGCGCCAGCGUCGACGGCCCUCUGACACCAUGGUCUCGCCUGAUCUAUUGACUAUCAAGACUAAAUCGUCACCUCACUCCACGACAAAAAAGACCAAAACGAAGUCGAUAGCGAUUGGGAAGCACUCGGGGAUGGUGUUUUUGUGCUCGGGAUUCAAGGAGGACCGAAUGCAGCAGAUCGAUGAAUGGGCUGAACUACUUGGAGCCGAAGUUGUCCAUUAUUGGUCCAAUGACGUAACGCAUUUGAUUGUAAAGUGCGUGAGCGGAGAUGAAAUCGAGAAAGAAGGGCCGUCAAUGGACGAUUCCAACUCGGAAUCCUCGCCGCAGGCACCCAAACAUGGCAAGCGUCAACUGUUUGGCGAUCGAAAGUCCGGUCGCUGGGUGAAGAUCCGGUCGCUGAAAUAUCUCAAGGCUCUAGUAGGAGGACGCUGGAUUGUGAGCGACGAGUGGCUUCAAGGUGAGGAUAUGCUGUCUUCAAUCGCUGCGUACUUGAUGUUGACUGUUGCUCUGAUUCCAUGUUGAUUUUUAGCGUGUGCAGACCACGGCGGCUAUGUGAGUGAAGUAAAUUAUGAAGCCGACGGUCACUGGAAGGGAAGAAGGAUCCACGACGCUGUGAAGCGGUCGCGAUUAACUCGAGAAAAGCUUCUUCAGCUGUCGUCAUUGGGUGUUGACCGCUCAAACGUUGGCACAAUGCUGUUUGCUGACUUCUGUUUCCAUGUGAUUGGUGAAUUCCUACCCCCAAUGCCACCAGUAACGGAGUUGAAUACCUUGAUAUGUAUGGGAGGCGGAAAGUUGAUCGCAUUUUUGGAUGAAAUUCGCGAAGAGAUGCACAAGCGCGAGAAUCGCUCCCGGAAGCUCAUCAUCGUGUCCGACAAGCUCAAUCCAACUGCAUUGCGUCAGCAGACAAAACAGCUCAAAGCGAAGCCGCAGUUGAGCGCAGUAUCGUCGGCAGUCAUUGUGAAUUACCUGUGGGUGAUCAACAGCAUCAGUGAGGCAAAGUUGCGCGAACUUCCUUAAAUUGUGGCGAUAUUUAACACCAAAUUAGAGGCGUGAACUGCAAAAGCAGGUUCAUUUCAAGUUUUUUGGGGUUUACGGAAGCACUGGCAACAUAAAAAACUGUGAAUCAAACUGCACAAAAUCACCACCAACACUGGAUAACGUACCACAAUCAAGGGUUUAUCCUUUAAUACGACGCCAUGCACACGGAGUAAGGCACUUGACGCGAGAUCAACCGUGGGGUACGUCACGAAGGCUUGGCACUUCAUUCGGCCCUCAGUGAAGUGGCGGAUAUUCAGCGCUCUACAAAAUUUCAGCCAGAAGUUAACGUUAUUGUGAUCAUGAUAUGAUCACACAGGGAAGGGUGACACUCACCCGAGUCCGGAUUCUGGUGGCAGGAUAGCACCGAAGACAGCGAAGAGGUCUGCCAGGUCCACUGUUUUGGCGAGGUUCUUCACGUAAAGUGAGUUUGAAGGCUCGCCGACCUGAUAUUUCUUCAUGACCUUCUCUGAAGCAAUUUGUGCUUUGUCUAAGCGCUUGCUUGCCAACUCUUCCAAUGUCCAACGUUGUACGGUAGGGACUAUCGAGUCUCCUGAAGUGUUGUGAAAACUCUACGUAAUAUGAAGCAUAUUUUCGUGAGAAUCAAAUAAUCUGCAGGAAUGAUUCGUCAACUAUAGUGCGUACCACAAUCAGCGUCUUUCCUUCUAGUUGAACGCCAUGUAGAUCAUUAACCGCUGCUGUUGCCACC